AGCUCCGCCUGCUAUCGGUUCGUCAUGACCAGAAGAAGCAGCAGUGGGACCGUGAGCUCGGUCGCGGGGCUCGCAGCUCCUUCACACAUCCCGACACUUCAGCUGGAUAGCAGACGCCACUCACUGCAAUGGUGACACCGCCGAGCUGCUCUUCCCCAGUAGACACCCCGGAGCUGCAAUGAAGGCAGGGGCAUCGUCCAUGUGGGCUUCAUGCUGUGGUCUGCUGAAUGAAGUCAUGGGUACUGGGGCCGUCAGAGGCCAGCAGCCAGGGUUUGGGGCCGGUGCUGGACCCUUCAGAUUUGCCCCCAGCGCAGGAUACUCCACGUAUCCGCCCACCAGCUCAGGAAGUCCCAGUCUUGUAUGCAAGGCCUGUGGCCAGGCCUUCUCUGUCUUCAGGAGGAAGUAUAUUUGCUGCGACUGCAAGAAGAGCUUCUGCUCUUUGUGCUCGCUACUUCAGGAGAAUCUGCGCAUUUGUGCCACCUGCCACUUGCUGAAGGCCACAGCCUUUCAGCGGCCGCGGCUAAUGCGUCUGCGAGUGAGGGACCUGCGUCAGUACCUGCUGCUGCAUAACAUCCCCACCGACACCUGCAGGGAAAAGGAAGACCUGGUGGACUUGGUGCUUUGUCACCAGGGCAUCGAAGAAGAGGAGGACCACGACACGGCCAGUCUCCACUCACGUUCCCUGUAUACACCGACCCCUUCGACCACACAGUCUGCCUCGGAGCUGUCUGCCUUCGCAGCUUCUCAGGAGGAGCAGCUCAGCAGGAGCGAUAGCUCUGAUACCAACCAGGAUAUCGGUGAUGCCACAUCAGUGUCUCUCCUCAACUUAGAUCCCAGUGAACACACUCCUGAGGUGAGUCCUCAGACGCGCCGUCGGGCCAGAGCAUCCCUGUCAGACAUCUCCAGUCUGAGGGACAUCGAGAGCCUGUCUGUGAGGCAGCUGAAGGAGAUUCUGGCCAGGAAUUUCGUGAACUAUUCAGGGUGCUGCGAGAAGUGGGAGCUGGUGGAGCGUGUCGGCAGACUGUACAGAGAGACAGAGGAGAACAGGAAGUCUUUGGAAAAUGUCAGCAAACCCGUAACCACAGACGGCGAGAACUGUCCACUGACGAUCCAAGACGACAACCUCUGCAGGAUCUGCAUGGACGCCAUGAUCGACUGCGUUCUCCUGGAGUGCGGCCACAUGGUCACCUGCACCAAGUGCGGGAAGAGGAUGAACGAAUGCCCCAUCUGCAGGCAGUACGUCGUGAGGGCCGUGCAUGUCUUCAAAUCCUAAUGCACCCCGACUGCACCUGCAUCGGACUGCAGCUGUACCAUAACUCAACAGUGCAGCUCAUAACCUCCGACUACCCCGAAAGACUUACUUUGUGGAUGUUUGUAAUCCAUGAAACUUCACUUUAUUUGCACAUCAAAUGAGAGAUUUUUUUUUUGGUUUUUUUUUUUACUUGGGACUUUUCACUUACACCAGACAGUACCAUUCUUACUUAAGUCAUUCCUUAAGUAAACAUAUCUCUUUUUCAUUCUUAAGUGUGCAUUUUUAAAAAAAAAAAAAAAAAUUUAAACGACAAUUUCUCUAAGCAAAGAAUGUGUGGCACAAGCCACGAGCAGUUUUGUCGGACACAACACAUCACCCUCAGAUCUGCCUAUAAACUGUAGCUGGUACUCGGCUCUGGUAAUCUUCAGAGCGCCCGCCUCCUUACAACUGCUGCAAGCGACUACAUAUCUUAGUAACGACGGAGAGGACAGACACACGCCGAACCUCGGCACAGGAGAGCGAGGAGGUGAGGUAACUAGGUGCCAAAUAACGGGGUCACGCCCCCCACGCUUCUGCGUCCUCCCCCUCGGCUGUGGGCGGGGCCGCGGUGUGCCUGUCCAUUCUCAGCAUGGUAGAUAAGAAAGCACUUUGUUCACACUGUGUGUUUAAUGCACCAUUUCUCACAACCCACUGCAAGCUCUGUCCAGUAGUCGUGACUAAUGUCACCUGUGCUAACUUUUGAAUUUUCUUUUUUUUUUUAAAAGGCCACGAAUAGAAAGAAAAGCAAAUUAGUUGGAGGUAACUUCAAGCUUGGCCAUUUUUGGUUCAAAGAUUCCGGUCAUUUGAUGCAUUUUUUUACUAACUGAUUUUGCUCCGUAAGCACUUACUCUUAUGCAUUAGGAUCACGUGGCGUCUGUCAGUAACAGCAAUAGCGAGCGUCACAGCGGUCAUCUCUGUCCUGUCUCGACGCUCCGUUGGAGCCGAGGCGAAACAAAAAACCGGUGCUAAGUCAUUCAUCCCACCUUCCGAAUUUUCCAUCUGAACCGUGGAUGUGAAACUCUGAAUGUUUUCUGUUGUCAUAUAUCGUCGGGAGUGGAAUGAAGUGUCUUAAUGCGUUUUGGUUGAAUUUCUAACGUAAGAGUAAUGUAUUGAACAAACUACUCAAAAAUAUAUACAGUAGCUCUGAGUUUACUGACACCUGUGGUAUAAAAAGUAUAUAGAAAUGACUUGCUAAUGUACAUUUGCAUAUAUUGAUCCAUAUGAGAUGUAUAUAUCUAUAUUUUUUUCCAUUUGAUUUUAACUGUGUAAUAGAUUAUUGAAUUGUCCCUGGGAUUGGGUCGUUGAAAUAUUACAGGGUUACUGCUAAGUGAGUUUUGAAACGUGCUCGAUCUGCAUUAGUUUGCCAGAACUGUCUCCCCACUUCAACCAGAGCAUGACGAGAAUCUUUAUGAGACUGGUUACGUUACAACCCCGUCCUGAACUCCCCUUCCUGUUAAACCAGUUCCCUGCCCCCCCUCUCCAUCCUCUCUCUCCUGCUAGUUUAGAAAUCAUUUGCUUGGUAUAGCGCCCCGCCCCCCUCACCCCCAUCCACAAACGUCAACAAUGCUGCUAUUACAGAAGAGAUGUCCCCUACAAUCAUGAACCAUAGUGGAGCAGGCUGCACUUUUCCUUUAGAGAGAGGGUGUUAUUGUGUGCAAGGUUUGGUCUUUGUAUUUGAGAAUGUUGAACUUUUUAUUUUGGUAAUUAAAGAUUUUAAUUAAAGUCUGUUUUUGUAUAAUCACACA